UGUAAAGCACAAUUCCAAAAUUAGUUUUUCGUUGUUUGGUUCCAUGUAAGAAAAAUGAUGAAAUGAAAGGAAAAGUAAGGAGAUAGUGAGAGGAGGGUACAAUUUUCCCUUUAUUUUGAAAGGAAAAUGGUUUUCCAUCAUUGUGGAGUAAUAUUACCCCAAGGUAAAAUGGUUUUACACUCUUUUGCCAACCAAAUAAUGUAAAAUUGAAAAUAGAGGAAAACAGUAUUCUAGGAAAACGUUUUACACCCUACCAAACGGAUCCUUAAACAAUGACCUUCAAAUUGAGUUGUAAUUUGGAGAUAACUUGCUAUUAUCGAACUCGAUGUGAUUAGAAACUGCACCUUUUGGCACGGACAAGUGAUCUUCUAUAAAGUAUAGACAUAGUCCGUGCUAAUGAGCAGUUGAACAUGUGGACGUAGGUAGGAAGACAGAGAAGCAUUUUGUGGGGUGGAGAUAGUGGAAUGGCGUCAAUAUUGAUGCAUUCCAAGACUUAUCUUACCUGAGGUGUAAGUAUCGUGAUUGGGUAGAUUACUUAAAUUGAGCUCUUUGAUGGAUCACUGCUAGUAUUAGUAUGGUUUGAUAACGAAAGUGUUUAAUGAUGGUUGGUCUCGAUAAUGUACGAGAGAUAGUUGGAGCUUUUAGAGAUAUGUUUUUGUUGUAGAUGAUCCAAGCAUUGCAUUUCAUGUUACCUUUUGGCAAAAGCUUUUCACUUUUCUGUAUUUUGUCCCUUGGUUUAAUGUCACUGUGCAUAUUCUCCUACGUUCUAUUUUUCUAGAUGUUUCGGUUGGGCGAGCGAAAAUGCAGCAUCUAGAAACCUCCUUUGUCUUCCUAUCUAAUGAUAAUAUUUAGUGGCUCGCAUUGGUGCCAAUGUCUUUAUGAUCUGGCAAUUAAGUUAUGCGACGACCCUGACUGGAUUGCAUUUUGUUGCCACUACAUUGAUGACGCUUGUUCUUCGUUGGCUUGGAUUUAUUCAAUAUUCUCAUUUACCAUUGCUGGAGCUGCUGAAAUUCAUCUUGUUUGCAAACUUUUCAAUUGUUGGCAUGAAUGUUAGUCUUAUGUGGAACUCAGUGGGUUUUUAUCAGAUAGCAAAGCUGAGUAUAAUUCCUGUGCUGUGCCUGUUUGAGAUCGUGUUUGAUAACCUCCGAUAUUCCAGAGACACCAAGCUCAGCAUUGGACUUGUUCUGAUAGGUGUUGGUGUAUGUACUGUUACUGAUGUAAGUGUAAAUAUGAAAGGUUUAGUUGCAGCGUCAAUUGCAGUAUGGAGUACUGCUCUGCAGCAAUAUUAUGUGCAUUUCCUCCAGAAGAAGUAUUCGCUCAGUCCAUUCAACCUCUUGGGCCACACUGCUCCGGCACAGGCUGGAACUCUGCUUUUAGUGGGUCCCUUCCUGGAUUACUGGCUGACUAAUAAGAGAAUCGAUGCAUUUGACUAUACUACACCGUCUAUAAUGCUAAUAAUUCUUUCAUGCAUAAUUGCAAUUGGGACAAACCUCAGCCAGUUUAUCUGCAUCGGCAGAUUCACAGCCGUAUCUUUCCAAGUACUUGGCCAUAUGAAGACGAUCCUUGUUUUGAUACUUGGGUUUGUUCUAUUCGGGAAAGAAGGUCUAAAUUUACAUGUGGUAGUGGGCAUGAUGAUAGCUGUUCUAGGGAUGAUCUGGUAUGGAAAUGCUUCAUCAAAGCCUGGUGGAAAAGAGCGUCGGAGCCAUCCAACACCCAAGCAGCAAAGACAUGGACAAGAUUCCACAGAAGAUGAGAGAGUCUAAAUAAGCUAAAUGUACACAGCCUGAACCAUCAUCUACUACAUAGGAUGAGUCUCCAAAUUUUCCACUGGGGCUAGAUGUUUCAAGGUCAAUUUUUCGAUUCUUUAUUCUUUGGUUAGGUUCAUUUGAUCUUAUACACCAUCAGAAGAAGUACAUCUUGUUAGAUAUGAUUUGAUCCCUAGAUCAGUGUUUAGAUUUAAUUUCUUUGACAUUGUCAUACUCUGUCGUCGUCUUUACCUAUGUUUAGAGCUUAAUUCAAUUUUGGCGAUUUGAUUAUGUAAUCCGAUAUUUGGUUUGUUAGCUGCAUUGUUAGUUGGGUCCUCUGUAUUGUCUUAAA